AUGCGUUUACUCACCGGCCGGUCGUCGUCACCACCACCAUCAACAAACGACGUCGUUUCGUCCUCCUCCUUCACAUUCUCUCCCAUUUCCAUUGCGGCUUUCGGGUCAAUUGUUGUAGUGGAAGGCUAUAGUGACGAUCAACGCUCGGGCUCAUGGGUUCACGCCUGGACCGUCACUGACGGGAUUAUUACUCAGGUGAGAGAGUAUUUCAACACCUCCGUCACCGUCACCCUUCUCGGCAGCCCUCCCGGUUCUCCGGCGAUUUCGUCACCGGCUGUCACUUCUCCCUCCCGUACUUGCCAGAGUAUCUGGCAGAGCAAGCUCUGCGAUCACAAAUACAUGAGAUUUGGAUCGGGUCUUCCUUGA